CAAAAAGAACGAAUCAAUCCAUCCUUUCAUUGCAGUUGCAAUUGCUUUCGAGCAGCCCACAGGCAGGCCAUCAUUGCCUGUCUCGCUGCAAUGUCAAAGCCUACAUCGCCAACGGCGCAAUUGCUGAGGAAUUCACGCCUCUUUUCUCUACCUCAAGCGCUGCCUCGACCUAUAGUCGAACAACCUGUCGCUGGCGGAUUCUUCAGAUCGUCGGACACUGCAACGACGCCGUACCCAUUGCGACAAGCCAUCAUCACGCCUAAUUCAUCAGCUAGCCGCGGUGACUGGGGUCUCAAACGACCGCUACCCAAGCGCAUCGCUAACAGAUCCUCCGAACCAGUGCACACCGUCGUUGCUAAUGAUACCUAUGAAGGCGUCACCGAGUAUCACUCCGCAAGCCCACAUGUCAAGACACUUGAGCGGUUCCAGGAACUUAAUAUUGGCAUGACUAGGCAAGACCGUAAGGCAGGAAUCAGGGAUGUGAAGUUGAGUGCUAUGGAAUCGAGUCUAGACUUCACCGAUCCAGAGAUUGGAAGGGACAGGAGGUGGAAGUUCGAGAAUGGACACGUGAGGACAAUGACGCCAGCAGAAUUCGAUGAAUUCUUGCGGAAAAAAGUCGCGGGUAAGAGGGACGAAUUCAUGCUUCAGCUGCAAGCUCGUGUUCAUCGCCAACAAUUGGUCGACAUAUGCGAGAAGGAGAAGGAGGCUAUGGAGACUGGGUCUUCGACUGAGACCCAAUCUCUCGAUCCAGAUGCGUAUGCAGUGAGAAAGACUUUUAUGCAGUGGGUGCUUUUGAUGACAGAUGCGCAACUCACUCAGUACCUCCAACAACUCCGCAUUAUUCUGGGCACAGGCGAGCAAAGACAGGUAGGACCGGACGGGUCUAUACCAUCAGAACUUGCCGAUGAAUUUCUCUCUCUGGCCAUGGAUCCCGGUGGACAAGUCUCAGAAGGAGAUCUGCAGACGCUUGCAGCGUCUACUUUUUCUGCCGCUUUAAGCCACACACUGAAAACGAAGUGGUGGUCCCGAGAUCUGGAGGAGGACUCAUCACAUCAAGGCAAUCUGUUACGCCAGAAGCUAGCAAAUGCCCAAACGCCAAAAUCUGGUCUGCCCGCAGUUGGUCGACCUGCCAUCGGUCGCGCAGACGCCCAACAAUGGCUCAAAUAUCUUGGCCUGGCUGAACAACAUGAGAAAGAGUUUCUCCGCUCGUGGAUUACCAAGGAAUGGGACCCGAAAGGUGAGAUUCUUCAAAAGUCACUUCAUCAGCUCCGCAACGACAUCACUUUGGAAUCACCAUUGAACAAGCAUAUUCGCGAGUUUCUUGACAUGCCCCCCACAAGGACAUCAGCAUCAUUGGCGACGCUUCCGGAUGGUUUCCCGGGUGCAAAUUACGCAGCAGAAAACACUUUCAGUCUGUCUACACAUCCCACCGCUGGUCUAUCAUACCUUCGCACCAAUAGCAUACUGCACAACCAUCCCAUCCUUGGCCCUCAAAGAUCUGAUCCGCCGGUCAAAGCGCGAUUCAUUGCAAACAAGCACGAUCAAAAAGGUAGUAUUGCGGUUGGUGUUGCAGGCUUUGUGGCAGAAGAGCGAGGUGAACAGAAACCAGAUGUGGUAACCAACGGCGGUCAUAAGUUUGAGCGCCAGAUCAAGAACGUAUACGUAGAAGGCGAUGCCCGGAUUCACUUUGAGCUUGGCGAAAACAGGGACAAGGAGGCGGUCCGUGUGCGAGAUGGACAGCUAGAUCGUGGUGCAGUUGACUGGAAGACUGCGCAGCAGGAACUUGCUAGUAGUCAUCUUAUGAGCGUGCUGAAGGCACAUGGAAGGAGAAAGGAAAGACAUGAUCCGGCCUCUCCUGCUACGCGGAUUUCAUCUCCAGCAAGAGCGAAGCCGCUUGAGAAUCAGGCGGUCGAUGCACUGAAGACACUUCGCUCAAUAUUGCGCAACGGCGGACAAUCCGAGUCUUGAUCCCCGAGAUCAGUAGAAGGUGGGGAUUCGGUGGGGCGGAUGUAUAUUAGCUGUUACACACUUGCUGUUUUUUUUUCGUUUGAAUGUGUCGAACAAUCUAGAUGGCAAAAAAAAAA